AGCCAAAGUACAAAUUUAAGAGAAAAUUCUGCCCUCGUUGAUUUCGCCACCGCAAAGCUUUGAACUGAAUUCGCUUUUAUUAGAAUACCACUCAAGGUAAAAGUGUUUGUUUACAUAAAUUUCGUGGUUUUGGAUCGGACCAAGUUCAGCUGCAACGGCUAAUUAAAGAUAUUAUUUCGACUCGUGUCAAAGUCCAUCUGAACGAGACCUAGUCAGAGACGGCUUAUCACAAUGACGUGUAUUUAUGUUAUCAAUAAAGAAGAUAAAAAGAAAACUUUGAGAUCAGAAAAUAACAAAAAAUUGAUCUUCUGAAACCUCUUAGUAAUUUCCUCAUGAUGUUUCUUUGAAGGAUAUUCGAAAGGAGUUAAGGAGAUUAAGAAUUCCUAUUAAUGACUAUGAUAUGCACAAUUAAGUUUGAAGAUUUACGUUUCUCAAUGCCUUGGGGAUAUGUCGUCGGUCGUUGGUACGGAAACAGAAAAGUUCGUCCCAUACUUGCACUGCAUGGUUGGCUAGACAAUAUGGGCACUUGGAAUACUCUAAUACCUCUAUUGCCUGAACACAUCGGCAUUCUAUGCAUUGAUUUUCCAGGACAUGGACUUUCGCCCAAACUACCAAAGGGUAUCAUUUACCACACGGUAGACUAUAUAUGUGUUAUAAUACGUAUAAUGCAAGAGUAUAAUUGGCAAAAAGUUUCUAUACUUUCACAUUCGAUGAGCUCAAUGCUUUCAUUUUUAUUUACCGCCAUUCAUCCGGAACGUGUGGAUAUGUUGAUAUCCAUUGAUAUUGUUCGUAUGCGGUAUCGUCAGCCAAAACCACAUAUUGAAUUUAUGCGAAAUAAUAUUGAAAAAUAUUUGAUUGAAGAUGAACGUCUGAUAAUGAUGGAUGUAAUAGAACCGCCAUCAUACACCUAUGAACGUGCUGAACAAAUUCUAUUUGAGGGCUCCCAUAAAUCUGUCGAUAUGGAUAACUGCAAACAUAUAUUAAAUAGAAAUAUAGCUAAGUCAAAAAUAUACCCUGAUAAGUAUUAUUUUUCCCGAGACGGUCGUAUUAAGUAUUACUUUGAUUUUAUAACAAGUGCGCCAUUUGCAGCCGAAUUGGCCAAACGCAUACAUGACGUCCCAUAUUGUGUGAUCAAAGGUUCAGAAUCGAAUUAUAUUAAUGAGGACAGUAAUGAAGUUAUUGAAAUUCUACGUGAAAGAAACCCACAUUUUGAAUUACACGAGAUUAAUGGCACGCAUCAUGUCCAUCUUAAUAAUCCUGUAGAAGUAGCUGAUGUUAUAAAUCCAUUCAUUAAUAGACACAGACCUCCAUUACUGCAAUCAUGGUCAUUGAGUGAUGGCGAAGAUAAUGUGAAAAGAUCGGAUAAUAUUACGGAAAAUAUUAAACGCAAUAGAAGUAAACUAUAAAAAAAAAUAUAUUUUAUUUAAUUAUUCAUUUUAUACAAAAAAAAAUAAA